AUGUCCCAGGUUGAAUACACAAAGGAGAGGAAGGUCGGUGAAGGUACAUAUGCGGUUGUCUACCUUGGAACUAAACAAUCAUCUGGGAGGAAGAUAGCUGUGAAAGAAAUAAAGACCUCUGAGUUCAAGGAUGGGCUCGAUAUGUCGGCCAUCAGGGAAGUAAAAUAUCUACAAGAAAUUCAACAUGAGAACGUUAUCGAACUUAUUGAUAUAUUUCUGGCAUACGACAAUUUGAAUUUGGUGUUAGAGUUCUUACCAUCAGACCUCGAGAAAGUCAUAAAGGACAGGUCUAUCCUAUUUACGCCGGCCGAUAUAAAAUCAUGGAUGCUAAUGACUUUAAGAGGUGUUCACCACUGUCACAGGAAUUUUAUUUUGCACAGAGAUUUGAAGCCAAAUAACUUGCUGUUGUCGCCAGAGGGUAUAAUUAAAGUAGCUGAUUUUGGUCUGGCUAGAACUUUCCCUUCUGCACAGGAGAUACUGACAAGUAACGUUGUUACUCGUUGGUAUAGAGCGCCCGAACUACUGUUUGGAGCUAAGCACUAUACGUCAGCAGUAGAUAUAUGGUCCGCAGGUGUCAUAUUUGCAGAGCUCAUGCUGAGAAUUCCCUACUUGCCGGGUCAGAACGACGUAGAUCAAAUCGAGGUGACCUUUAGAGCUUUAGGGACACCGACAGAUGCAGAUUGGCCAGAUGUUUCAUUCUUUUCUGCUUAUAAUAAGCUUCAAAUAUAUCCACCACCAUCCAGGGAAGAGCUUAGGAGGAGAUUUAUCGCUGCUAGUGAGAACGCACUUAGCUUCCUGUGUGGAAUGCUGACAAUGAACCCUCAAAAACGUUGGAAUGCUGUCGAGUGUCUAGAAAGUGAUUACUUCAAGGAGGCUCCAGCACCUUCAGAUCCAUUUAGCAUCAAGAUAUCGUGA